UCUGGGGGCGGAGCCCCCAGCGAGCAGCGCGAGUCCUUUUUAUAAAGGUCCGAACAGAAAGUUCUAUAGUGUAAAAAAAACGUGCACGAAGUGCUUGCCUUCUUGUACAGAAGUCAUAAGUUUCGAGUCGUAACUUCACGCUUUUGACGACGGUAUGAUGCCACCCUUCCGAGGUAAGUUGAGGAUUCCUGCUUGCAGGCCGUCAGUGACGCCAAGGAAGCCACCAGCGGCCGCGGCGUCGCCCGCAAGCAGAUCAUGCUGGACAAGAUGCUGCAGAGCCAAGUCUUCACCGACCAGGACAUCAUGGACGAGUUCAUGACGUUCCUGAGCGCUUCCACCGAUACGACCGCCACCUCGCUCAGCCUCGUCUUCAAGAUGAUGUCCAUCUCGCCGGAGAUCCAGGGCCGCGUGCGCGCCGAAGUGGACCGCGUCCUGGGCGUUGGCGCCGAAGCGCGCAGCGUCGAGCUGCACGACCUGCCGAGGCUGCAGUACAUGGAGCAGGUCAUCAAGGAGACCCAGCGCAUCGUGCCCAGCGCCCCUUUCCUGGCUAGGCAAGUGUACCAGCGCACGGAGCUCGCGGGCAAGACGAUCCCUGCCAACUCGACGCUCCUCGUCAACGUGCACGGCGCGCACCAUGACCCCAAGCACUGGCCGGACCCGUGGAAGUAUGACCCUGAACGCUUCGCGCCCGGCAAGGAGCACCACCCCUAUGCCUUCUUGCCCUUCAGCGCCGGGCCGAGGCGCUGCCCGGCGGGCUUCUACGCCAUGAUGGCCAUGAAGACCAUGUUCGCCGCCGUGAUACGCGACCACGUCAUCGAACCCGUGGACGACGGCGUCAGGGAGGCCAAGGACUUCAAGCUCACCUUCAACCUCACUGCCAGGAUUGUCGGCGGCACGUUCGUCAGAUUCAGGCCGCGUUCGACUUCGGUCAGCUAGUGUCAAGUCAACAUAAACGGAGGUUUUCCGUAAAUUUACCGCAUAUCCUUGCAGAUGUUUCAAGAUGCUUCGUAAAUUUUCAAAGUUUUCCUAAAACGUUUUGAGGUUCUUCAGGCUUCGUGAAUUAACAUAGGAAGGAACGGCUUUCAAUUUUUUUUUGCUGCAGGAUUGGUUAAUUCCGAACGUAAAUUCACUGAGAAUGAACGGUAUACUUAAAGGCGAGGUAUACUUUGUCAUCGAAAUAUGGGCGAGGAAGGGUGGAUCAGCUACGUGUAUGCACUGGUAAAACAAAGGCAUAAAAAUUACGCCCUUUAGGGCAUAAAUCGUUUUAUGCCCUUCGGAAUGGUAUGGGAAUUUCAAGCAAAAUUUUCAUGCCCUUCCCAAAGGCAUAAACGAUUUAUGCCCUUUAAGCCCUUUAAGGGCAUAAAUUUAUGCCUUUGUUUCACCAGUGUGCUACUACAUAGUACGAUCACCCAAAUUUGGGUGAGGAAACCGUCCUUACCCAAAUUUGGGCAAGGAAACGAGGAAUAAAGAAUUCCUUACCCAAAAGUUAAGUCCUGAUCAUGACACUUUCAUUCUCAGUGAACCUUUAUAGUUUGGCAAAACGAAGGCAUUAAAAAACUACGCCCGUGAGGGCAUAUUAGUUUUUUUGGGCGCCGGCUGAAAAAAAAACGUGUUUCUGUAAGGGCGUUUCAGUUUUGACUAGAGUCUCAUAAGUAAACUGGGUAUUUACGAAGGCGCCUCAGGCAAUAAAAGUUGCGAACGGUCCCUAUGUAAAUUUACAAAGGUAUUUGGUACGAAACGAAGAAUCUUCGAAUAUUUAGUGAAGGUCAAGGAUUUACUAUGUAUUAGAACCUUCGUAAAUUACCGAGAAUCUAUGUGAAAGACUACGAUACUACGUAAAUGUACGAAUGUGGCUUCAGUAUUAUUUUUGCAGGAGGAACCCUCGUGAAUUGGGAAGGUUUAUUCUUACAUUGUACUUAUUUACGCCCCGUCUAAGUGCAUAAAACGA